GACUGUACUUCAAAUUCUUUUGUCAGUCAAUAUGAAUCCAAAUUUAAAGGAUGGAAAAGGCAACAGUCCGUUAUGUCUUUCUCUUAGAACAAAUGCAGAGGACUUCCGAAAGUUACUAGUAGCAGGAUAUGAUCCGUUUUCUAAAGAGGAAAAUAUAAUAGAGAAAUGUGUCAUGUCGGAUGAUCUUUCCUUUCUUAACGUGCUGCUUCAGGAGAAAGGAACAACAUUUAUAUGCAACAGUCUCUUUUCCAAAUUUUGGGAGCGACAAAAUGAUGCUACAUUUUUAAGAAACAGAUCUCACAUCGCAGCUGUGACAUUACAGAUGUUAAGUUCACCCCAGGAGCUUAACGUAAACGUAAUAAAUCGCUUAAGGACAACACCUCUUCUCUACUUUUGUGAACAAAAUGAAGAAGUGGUUGUAGAGAGGCUGUUAGAGAGGGGAGCAGAUGUUAACAUCAGAAACAACCAUGGACGGACAGCUCUGCAUACAGUACUUCACUCUGAGGAGAGACAGAACGAGUCUUAUGAAGAAUUUCUGAAUUUCCUGCUGAUAUAUAAAAAACACGGUGGAAAAUUGGAAGACGUGGAUAGGAAUGGGAACACGCCACUUAUGUUGUUUUUGAAACAUGGACUUUACGACUUCGAUGACACUCAGGAUAAACUUGUGGAUCUGAUAGAUGAGAUAGUGUCAAUUCUUGCAUGUGACGGAUCGACAGUAAGAAAACGGAACAACACAGGAUCGUCAGCUAUACACAUUGUCUCGUCAAAAGGAUGGUUAAGCACGAUGAAAAUCCUUGUACAAAAGGGGGCCAAAAUUUCCGAGAAGGAUGAGGAACAAAAUAGAUGGCUUCAUCUUUCCCACAUGGGAG